AUGGGUAGUUCAGCACGUGCAAGCCCUCUCAUCUACGGCGAUCGAAGCAUGUUCAGUAAUGAUAAGCACCGAUAUGAUCGAAACUACUACGGUAGCAAUUUCAAGCAAAUCGAGCAUGAGAACCGCUCUCAUCGUUUCUUCUGCUGGCGCUGGGGAGGAAGCCAGCAUCCAAAGAAACGACGCAACUACGGCACUGCUGCUGUUGUCGCGGCCGCUGGGAGUGGUGGAUGCUAA